CAAGUUUCAUCAUUUUGUCCUGUUUUUUAUUUUCGUCUUAUUGUUGUUGGGUACAUGGCGCCACCUCAAAUUUUAAUCCUGGGACACUCCUUUAUUCGUCGUCUUGCUGGGUUUUUGCAAAAAAGCGGGCACGAACACCUCAUGGCCAAACUCUCAUCUCUAGGGUCCAUACGUUUUCACGGUGUAGGUGGCCGUACAAUUGCGAAGGUUCGGAAGUUUGUUUUAGGCAUAAUACGCCGUCUAAGUCCUGAUAUUAUAGUCUUGGAGUUGUGUUCUAACGACUUAACCAAACUGCCGGCACAAACCGUCGGUUCGGAGCUUGAAACUUUAGUGCGAUAUCUGCACGACGAGUUUAAUGUGAAAAGCAUUGCAGUAUGCCAAGUUAUUCGGCGGCACUCCCCUCAGUGAACUGCGUACAAUUUAAAAGUUACCAAACUUCAUUUGUAUCGUAAGGCUGUUCUCGAACCAAUACCUUACUGCUUGUACUGGAAACACAGGGGUUUCUGGAACUCCCGGGAAAACAUUUACUUGUCGGUUGGAGUUCACUUAAAUGAUUUAGGCAACUUAAAGUUGUUUCGAAGUAUCCGGGGUGCGGUCAUUAAGGCCGUAGGCCUAGUGGGCUUAUAA